AUGCAGGUUGAGAUGGGCUUCAGCCGCUUCCGCGAUCUGGUUCGGUCGCAUGCGAUGUGGCAGUCAGGCUUUCGCGGUGUGGUGGCCGGAGAGGUCAACUCCGCAGAGGUCAUCGGAGACGUUGGGAGCUGCUUCUUGACGUUCUUCGAGCGCGCAGACAGAGUCGGGUGGCACACCCGCCUGGGUGUCGGCAGAUAUACGGCAUGUUCUCUGCGGAUGAGUGGCGUCCCCCCCGUGCGGCCAGGUGCGCUGCUUGUCGAGUCAGAGGCAUCGCCAGCAAGGCCGGCGGAUGGAGCUGUGCACUUUCGUUUUCCUGCGUCCUAUGCUCUUCACCCGGUUCUCGUCGCGCGAGGCUUCAUGACAUUCCGUUUCUUUGAGCUGAGCUUCCGGGUGAAGCGUCCACGCAGUGGCACAGAGAACGUCACAAGGCUGUGCUUCGAUGCACAGGAAGCCCGCACUCUUCUCUCGGCAACGUUGUUGCGCAAGGAAGGUGAUCACUCUUGGCUAAAGCUGGAGAUUCGUGCUUUCCCCACCACGGGCAUCACUGUUUGUGAAGGCGCCGUCUAUGGAACCGAAGAGAGUGCUCUCUUCCGCAUCUCCCUCACGCCGGACCUCCGGCUGCGUGCCAGUGUGGAUGGAGCGCUGGUGCUGGACUGUGCAGUGGAAUCUUCGGCACUGAGCAUGCAGCGUGUGAUGCUCUCUGUGCAAAGUGCCUCCGUUGUUGAAAGCCUGACGUAUCGUCUCUUCGGCCCUCGCGGACCAUACCGCCCUCCUCCUGUGAGACAUGGGCCUUCCGGCAGCGUCGACGGCGAGAUCCCAAGACUGAUUCACCAGGUGUGGCUGGGGCCAAAAGCCCCCAGCCUUCUGAUCGGCACCUGGCAGGCCUAUCCCAUCUUUGCAUCUCAAAGCUGGACUCAUCGUCUAUGGCAAAGCGAGGAAGAGGUCUUGCAGGCUUUGACCGAGCUCCAGGACGACUUGCUGAAGGAUUGGCGGCAACUCUACGACGAGGAGCCUACCUUCGCAGGUCGUUCAGACCUGAUUCGCUUCGCAUUGCUCUACGCAUAUGGCGGUGUCUACAUCGACGCAGACUCUUUCUGGUUGGGUCCUCCAAGCAGUCUCGAGAUCCUCCUGGCCAAUGCCAGCUUCGCUGCUGCCUGGGAGAAUCGGGGGAAGCUCUACGUGGCUGCAGGAGUCAUGGCCAGCAUGCAGCACGGUUUCGUGGUUCGACAAGUCUUGGAGAUGCAGAUUCAGAGAUUCCAGCACUGCCGACUUGACUGGGGCCGCGGCCCAUGGGAUGCUCUGGCUGCCGGCGCGUUGACGUACCUUGUGACUGCUGGUCAUUUCCUCACAGACAGCCCCGAGGUGAAAGUGCUGGAUUCGGAUGUGUUCUACCCGCUGCGCCACAGCACUGAUCCCUGGCAACAGCUAGGUGGCUACCUACCCAAGCUGGCAGAGCACGGCGCUGUUUCCAUCGACCUUGGCUUGACGAGCAAUCGGUAUCCGGCUGGAUCGUUUGCUUUCGGGUCACUACCGGAGACGGAUGCCACACCACAUGCUCUCCUGGAGGGCUUACUGGCUGAAGCGGAAGGGCAGCCUCAGUUGAGGCUGCCAACGUUCCCGCGAAAGCACGUCCUGCAACAGACGACGGCAGGACCCCAGCAGCUGAUGGUCGUCGCGCACGCCGAUGAUGAGGUGCUUUUUGGAAGCGCGCUGCUUUCCGAAGGCCCCUCGUGGAUGGUGGUCGUGGUCACGAUGCCGGCAGAGGACUUUGACAACCGAGAAAACGAGCUGCUACAAGCGCUGGCAGAGUUUCCAGAAGUGGAAGAAGUUCGCCUCCUUGGCUUCCCGGAGUGCUCGAAGUGCACUCCGCUGCAUCCUACAUUCUACCGUGACCUCAAACAUCUUCUCGAUCGCUACUGGUCGCGCCUGGUGACACACGGCCCGCUUGGAGAGUAUGGUCACCCACAACACUGCGAGCUGCUUUUUGCUUUGCGUGCACGUGGGACUGGGCCCGUACCUCUGUGGGUUUUCCAGCCACGGAUCACGGACUCCGAGCCACCUGGACCGCGCAGCACAGCGCUGGACGCAUACGUGUCACAGAGGGAUGUGCUG